CUUUGCCGCGUUGGGAUCGCGGGGGCACGGGGGUCCCGCAUCUUGUUUCCCCGCACCGAUUCACGGAGCGAUUUGGGCUUGACUCGGUCCACGCGGAGACGACUUGAGGGGAACCUGGGGAAAGUGUUUAACCAGUUUUUAUUUGCAAGGUAAUUACUACUUGAAAUCUUUGGAUCCUGCAUCUACUGUAUCUGCAUUUGCAAGCUUGAGAACACUCCUACACAUCAUCAAUUGGCCUACGCGCUCAUCCUAGGAAGCUUAUUACACCUGUCCUACAAUCCAGGCGAACAAACCUUUAAAAACACCACAAAGUGUCCAGAACAGCAAUCACAAUGGCAAAGUCAAUCCUCCUCAUCAACGGCCCCAACCUGAACCUCCUUGGCACACGCGAGCCGCACAUUUACGGCUCAACCACACUCUCCCAGCUCGAGACACAGUCAAAAGAACACGCAAAGUCCCUCGGCGCAGACCUGCAAUCCUUCCAAUCCAACACCGAAGGCGCCAUCGUCGAGCGCAUACACGCGGCGCGGGGCAACGUCGACGUCAUCAUCAUCAACCCGGCCGCCUACACACACACGAGCGUCGCCAUCCGCGACGCGCUGCUGGGUGUUGAUAUCCCCUUCAUCGAGCUGCACAUUAGCAAUACACAUGCGAGAGAGAGCUUCAGACAUCACAGCUACUUGAGUGACAAGGCGGUGGCGGUUAUUAUGGGGUUGGGAAUUCAUGGAUAUGGGUACGCGAUUGAUCAUGCCGUUAAGAACAUCAAGCCCAAGGCAUAGAU